AAAGGGACAACUAGGGGCUCAAAAUCUUCCAGGUGGUACGACUAUGAGGAAUCCAAUUACAACAACUACCUCCAAUCUGCAUCAAGGAACGGGUGGAAAGCACAACCAACAGCAACAGGCAAAAGGGCCACCUGUUAAGGCUCAAAAUAUUGCGUCUCUUUUGUCAAAUUGAUGUUGUCCUUCUUGCAUCCUAAAAAUUAAGUCUUGUUGAGACAGAUCCUCCUCUACCUCGUCGUGCUAGGUAAAUGGGUGAAUGAAUGAAAAGCGUCAUUUUUGUUAAACAAGUUUCCUUCUUAGGAAGCUGAGAAAAUGAGCCCAACAAGGGAUGAAUUGUUUUGAGCUCUAAAUGUGUCCCGCGGAACCGUGCGACCACAGGCACGCCAAGCACUGCCACUGAACUCGAAGCUCUCGUGGAUGCGCCGUUGCAUGUGAUCGAUCCAGAGACGCCUUCUAUGCGACUGAUUCUCGGAAAAUUGGAACAAAAAACCGACCGAAGCCGCCAAGAGAUUCGGGAUAUGGCACGUCACGCCGCGAACUCACGAAUGAUCAUCGACUUCUUGGUUUACACUGCUGCUUUCCACAACCAUCAUGAUCAUCCUCUUCAAAUCGCAGAUCCGGAAGUUGAAGGAAGACAAGCAUUGAGGCAAGAAAUGGUGGAUAUAUUACUUCUCGAUUCUCCGUUGAAAUUAAUUGAGGACAUGUUCGGCAACUACGUGAUCCAAAAGAUGGUCGUCACUGGCGACAAAGCAGAACGGAGUCGAGUCGUGCGAAUCUUCGAAGGCAGAGCGG